AAAGAGACAACGCAUGCGCAGUGCUCUGCGCAUGUCUAUUCGUCAUUCCACAAUUCUCGUUCGCUUUGGCCGACAUCGCGGAAAGAUAUUUUUUCUCAAUCUGUUAAAUUUUGCCAACGAGAUACUGUGCUUAUAGUACAAUAAAAUGCCUAACCAAGUGCUAACUAUCGAACCACAAAAUGAAUUAAAAUUUAAAGUUAAUUUCUCAGGGCUCUUUGAGCAUGGUUGCACAACCUACAUGAGACUAACGAACCCGACAAACGAUACAGUGCUAUUCAAGAUCAAAACAACAGCACCAAAGAAAUAUUGCGUGCGUCCCAAUUCUGGAGUUCUGGCGCCAAAUUCGAAACAAGAAAUCGCAAUUACUCCGCAACCUGUAUAUUUGGACCCCAAUGAAAACCACAAGCAUAAAUUUAUGGUCCAAAGUGUAAUAGCUCCAGAAGGAAAAACCAACAUUGAUCAAGUGUGGAAGGAGAUAAGCCCCGAGCAACUGAUGGACUACAAGCUAAAGUGUGUCUUUGAAACUCCGCGUGGCACUAAUCUUAACGAUUCUGGCGAUAAUGCAGCCCAGAACGAUGUCACCAAGAAAAGAGUUGCAGUCGCAGAAGACGCUAAGCCUGCCGCUAAGGACGCCGUGAAAGAUCUCAUCCAGCAUGAAGAUAAAAAUAAGGAUGAUGAUCACCCUGUUGCAUCAAUAAACCUAAAAACGACUAAUACCAAGUCUGAAAACGUUGAAAGCGAUCUGCAAAAGGCGACUUUAGAAGUAAUACAUUUGAGAGAAGAGGAAAGCAAGUUAAGACAUGAAAACCUGCAAUUAAAAGAGGAGUUACUGCGCUUGCGUCAGUCGGCAGGCGGGGACGGGCGCGUCUCGCGUCCUCACUCUUACGGUCCGGAGAAGUCGACGCAAGUCACGAUUAUGCCGUGGGUCGUCACCGCAAUAUGCAUGGCCAUCAUCGGCAUCAUUAUUGGCAAGUUCUUCAUGUGAACAGCCCCCAGGCCCCGCGGUCACCUGGCAACACCUCACAGAUACCGCUCUUACGACACUCCCGAUGCAUCCCUCUCGCAAGGCAGCUUACGUUUUCGGUCAAAGUUUCUAUGUGCGGCUCACGAUCUUGGAUGAACUUGGUUUACACAGGAUCCGUGACGCUGUAUUUGUUUUUGUUGUUGUUUUGCUUAAUUACCUGCUUUCUCUGCUUUAAUUUGGAGGGACGUAGAUUUCGUUCUCGGUUGCCGACAAUUUUAUUCAGAUUUGUUUUCGCUAUAUCGGGAUAAUCGUAACAUCACCGAUUAUCGAUUCUUUAUUCAGACUACUAAAUGUUUGAGUGGUGGGUGCCACAGUUUACUUUCUCUAUUAAGAACUUCCAUUCAGCAAUAAACUUUGAAGUAGGCUUAGAAUUAAUGUAUAUUUUGCAUUUUAUUAUGUCCGAUCAAGAUAUGUAAUUGCUCUUGGAUUCUUUAAAAUAAUAAACAUUUAAAGUGUUCACCAGAAUGAUUACUUGUGAAGUGAACAUGAAUAUUUAAACUUCAUCGUGAUAUAGUCAUCAGCAUCCACGAAGCUAUAGCGCACGGGUUUAGUAUGAAUAGAGAUCUAGAACCAGCUUGUAAACGUGUCGAAAUUUCUUAUUUAAUUUUUUUUUAAAUAAUAUAAUAAAAGUUUCAACUUUUUAACAGCGUCUCAUGUCUUAUAAUACGAGUUAACACAAUUGAAAAAGUUUGUACUGUGACGUCACAAUUCUUAUUGUACGAACGUAUUCAUUUUUAAUUGUGUUUUGUUCACGUUGUUAUAAACUAUACAUUCUAUUAUUAUCGUUACACCUGUCAUAACUUCCAGCACGAAUGUAAUACUUAUAGUAACAUUGUUAUAAUAAUGAAAUAUAUAUUUAAACAUAAAUAAACGGUAUAUAUUUGUUAGCAGCACGUAAAUACAAUUUAGUCAUUUUGUAUAUCGUGUUUCGGGAUUAUAUUUACAAUAUUGUAGAGAUCAUUUAGCGGAACACGUGCCUAGUGAAGUGAGACCAUGUAAACUUUAUCUAAUUCGAUUUAAAUUUACCACAUACACACGUGUCGGGUUGAACUUACAAACUGGAGUAAUUAAAUUUUAAAUAGUUGUUUUCUACCUAAAUUAUAAGAUAUUCCGUUUCGAUGUGUUUAAUUCUUAACCAGAUCUAGUUGUAUCUGAUCUCAUAUUAUUAUUAUUAUUCUAAAUGCAAUAAUUAAUAUAAGAUGGUAAACAUUAUAUUAUCUAAAGCACUCCAGUUGUAUGUGUCUGCAAAGAAAUAUUUCAAAAAUCAUUUUCAAUCUGGUUUUUUUUUUUCGAGUCGUGAUCCGUUGAAAGCUGUAUCUGUGUUGUAUUAUUAUAUUUUGUAAUGUAUGAUGGACGAAAUUAUUUUACUAUUGUUAAUCUUCACAGUGCCUCGGGACGAUACCAUCUGGUGAUGCGAUAAUAAAGAUAAAAAAUAUUAAUAAUGAAUAGAUAAAACUUAAUUAUAUUAAGUGUGAGAACAUAAAUUAAGCUUCCUUAGAUUGGAAAUAUUAUUGUCAGUUUAAAAUCAGUAUUCACGAAAUUGUGUAUUAGCUAUUGGGUGGGUGCCUCAUUAAAAACUAGCUUAGUACUAAUUUAAUCUCUGAAACAUUAAAUUCUAUGGCGUUUAGCAUUUCUAUUGUAAAACAUAAUAAAAAUAUUGACCUUUCUAUUAAAUUAGUUAAACAAAAAAGUUUCGUUAUUUGAGUGUUUUGACUAAAUUAAAAUAGGCAAGGUUCUGUUAUACGUUUUCAAAUUUAUAAACUCUUCCAUCGUAUAAAAGAAGGCGUUUAUAUUGAAAACAAGUUGACUGCAAGCAUGCUUUGUAUCAAGAGCUAAUUUCGGUUUCAGUCGUAUUUUCUAAGAGUUGCAAAAUUUAUUUACUCUUGGUUGCCCAUUCUGUGGCGCGACCUGCUGACCCAUAGCAGUUUUAUUAAACGGUAAUGCGUUUCGUUUUAUUCAAAGGCUCUUGUCUACUCUUAUCUCUGGUCUUCGGUGAUAUGAAGCGCCACAAGCCAUUACGCUGCUUUGCCACAGAACUGUCUGCGAGGUGUUGUCUUUUGUCCGAUAACGAUAAAUAAUACAAGAGUAUGCAAUGAUCUUAACACGUUAACUUGCGUGUACGUCACCGGUGCCCUACGCGACGCACUCAAGUAAUUAUUUUGAUUUCUGUUACUAAGCGUCUGGAUUGCCUGACUUUGCGUUCUUUGCAAUUUUUUGUCUUUUAGGCCUCUUAGGAAUAGAUUCAUUUUUAAAAUCUUCAGAUUCGUCUUUCCCAGAGUCUACUAGAUAUUCCGGCGUUUUAGUAAUAAGAUCGAAGAGAAAAAUCGACAUAAUUAACUGAGGGCGCCGUGUAGGGCACCGAUGACCUACAUUGCAGUCAACGUGUUAACGAACGAAGACUUAAUAAGCAGUUUAGACAGCUUUGAAUGUUGUGUUUUUUUAAGUUAGGUCACUCUUCUCGAUCGAUUUUGGUCAAUCAAAUUGCUUUCUGACAAUGUGUAAGAAAUGUUCGGAUGCUCUCGGAGUAUGUAUGCGUAAAUUUCUGAAUAGCCCAGAGCCAUGACUCGACUGCGCAUCUCAAAUUUGCUGAUGCCAUUGUAGCUUAAAAGACAGCUACGCCAAGUGAAGUGUUAACAGAUGAAAA